AUGAGCAAAAGAGCCAAAACAUAUCACUUUAACGAAAAGUGGGAAAUAGACUACUUCUUUACUAUGGUGAGUGAAAAAUGUUGUUGUUUAAUUUGCAAUACUUCUGUUGCAAUGCAAAAAAAAAAAGGAAAUUUAGAGAGGCAUUUCAACACAAUGCAUGGCAAGUACGAAAAUGAUUAUCCGCUUAAUUCCACCGAGAGAAAGCAAAAAUUGUAUGAACUGAAAUGUGGCCUAAUUGCUCAGCGCAACAUAUUUUUAAAACCACAAAAUCAAUCAAGAUCUGCAACUAUCGCUUCCUUUAUUGUAAGUCAUAAAAUAGCGGUAAAAUGUAAGCCUUUUUCAGACGGUGAAUUCAUAAAAAGUGUCUUGGAAGAAAUAGUAGAUCCUUUGUUUGAAAAUUUCAAGAAUAAGGUAGAAAUAAAAAAAGCAAUCCUUGAUUUACAACUAUCUCGAAACACUGUAAUGCGACGAAUUGAAAAAUCGAGCCAAAACGUAACAGAGCAGUUACAAAUCGAUAUUGAUCGGUGUGUUACAUUUUCAUUACAAAUUGAUGAAAGCACUGACGUAUCUGACACAGCUCAACUAAUUGUUUUUAUAAGAAUGAUAAUGAAUGAUAUUACAUCAAAAGAGGAAUUACUUUGCAUGAUUUCGUUAAAAGGAAGAACCAGAGGUCUUGAUAUUUUUAACAGUUUUAAGGAGAGGGUCAGUUUGAUGAAAUUGCCACUUUUCAAAUUGGUGUCAAUAACUUCCGACGGAGCAGCAGCAAUGACAGGACGCAAUAACGGGUUCAUUGCUUUAUGUAAACAAGAUGAUGAUUUUCCUGACUUUCUGAGCUACCAUUGUAUUAUUCAUCAGCAAGUUUUAGCCAGUAAGAGGCUCAAUACAAAAGAAGUGAUGGAUACGACCUUCAAAAUAGUAAAUUCUAUCCGAGGAAAACCUUUUCAAAGACGUCUAUUUAAAAUGCAAAAUGAAACCAAGGAAGUAGAUUUAAUUUUGCACACGGAUGUAAGAUGGCUAAGUAGAAGUAGAUUUCUUCAAAGAUUUCGUGAUUUAUUGGAUGAUAUUGUUCAAUUUUUGGAAGAUAGAGGUGAUAGUUUUCCUCAAAUGCGUGAUGUUAAUUGGCUUUGUGAUUUAGCGUUUUUAGCAGACUUCACUGGACAUUUAAGUGAUUUAAAUUUGAAGUUACAAGGAAAAAACAUAAUAAUCAUUGAUUUAAUAAGCUGUAUUUCGGCAUUCAAGGCAAAUGCAUUGAUUCUUAUUAGAGAUCUUGAGAAAAAAAAUUUACAUCGAUUUUCAAACUUAGAAGACCAUACUCGAAAAUAUCCCAACGUUGUUUUCGAUUCGAAAAAGUAUGUGAUAGAAAUCAAAACCGUUAUUGAUGAUUUUGAUGUAAGAUUCAAUGAUUUCAAGAAACUUGAAGAUGUGAUCUCAUUUAUCAGUUUUCCAUUUAAAGAGGACUUAAAUACCCAGAUGGCUGCAAAAAAAGCAGCACAGUUGUUUCAAAUUAACGAAGUAUCUCUUGAGGAUGAGAUGAUCAAUAUGCGAUGCAACGUCUACUUAAAAGCUAGAUCGUCAGAAAAUAACUUUUGGCACUUGGUGAGCAAGGAAGAAUUUUCCAAUUUAAGACAAUGUGCUGAGUCAGUAUAUUCCUGCUUUGGGUCGACGUAUCUAUGUGAAUCGGCCUUUUCAUACUUGCUUCAAACCAAAAGUAAGGCCCGAUCACGUUUGACUGAUAUGCAUUCUGAAGAUAGCUUGAGAUUAGCAUUGUCAUCAUACACCCCAGAGUUUGUGAAAUUAUCAAAUCAAAUGCAAGCACAAACAUCUCAUUGA